UUUUUUAGGUGUCCAUCGUCUCAAAUUAAUGCUACAUCCCAUGAAUGGAUUCAAGUAGAAUUAGCAGAUGAAUAUUUUAUUGUUGGGGUACGUACUCAAGGCCGUUGGGAUAAAGGGAGAGGGUUAGAAUUUCCAUCUGCUUACAUGAUCGAAUAUUGGCGUCCAUCAUUGGGUCGCUGGGCACGAUACAGCACUGGAAAUGAGAUUAUUUCGGCAAAUUCGAAUACCCAAACCGCCGUUCUUCGACUACUAGACGGAGGAAUAAUUGCCAAAUUAGUGCGAUUAAUUCCAGUGAGUGAAUCAAUUCGAACUGUUUGUCUACGUUUUGAACUUUAUGGGUGUUUAUAUAAAGAGCCUAUUAUCUCCUAUUCUGCACCAACUGGCGCCAUAGUCGAUGCUUUGGAUUUACGAGAUAUUAGCUAUGAUGGUUGGACUGUUCCACAAUUACCAGAAUCUUCAAAAAAUUUAAAUAAUUUAUUGUCUGAUAUUGUAUGUUUGCGUGGGGGUUUAGGACAACUUUUUGAUGGAAUUGUAGGGAAGGAUAAUUUUGAAGAAUUUCCAAGUCAUUGGAUUGGUUGGCAUAAAAGUCAGAAAAUAGGUAGAAUAAUUUUGAUUUCGAAAUUUAUUUAUUUAAAGGCCAAUUUGUUCCUCUCGAAUUUUUAUUUAAACGAAAACAGAAUUUGUCGGCAAUUUUACUCUAUACUUCAAAUUUUCGAAAGCGGGGUGCCUAUAUUUUUAGCUCUGUCCGUCUCCAUUUUUCACCACUUGGAGGGGAAUUCUCAACUCGAAUUCUUGAGAAAAAAUUCCCGGAAGAUUCCCAAUUCGAAAAUGCUCGUUGGAUACGUAUUCCAAUUCCUCAAAGAAUUGCAUCUCGUUUACGAAUUGAAUUAUUUUUUGGAUGAAUCUUUAAUUGACAAUUAUGAUUUACUUCAAAAUGAAAAAGACCUUUUAUUAACUUCUUAUGAAGAUGAUGAAAGUGAUUAUAUAGAAUUUUCAUCAGAUGAUAAUAUUAUUAAUAAAUCUUUAAUUUGUUAUUUAAUGGUUAUAUUUAUCUUCCUUGGAUUAUGUCUUUCAAUAACUGCCUUUUGUUUAUGCCUUCGUUCAAUUUUCUUUUCUUCUCGCCAAAAAAGAUCUCCACCAAAAAAUACAUCCAAAAAUUGUUACAAAAAUGGAACAUCUUCUUUAACAUCUAAAGCAACAAUUUCUUUUAAUAAUUCCCCUUCAACUUUGCGCCAUUCCAAAUCAUUAUUGUUACAACAAUUAUUGCAAGGAGCUAGAAGAAAAAUUGAUACUAAAAAGGGUCGCCUAUGUUCUUCCCAAUCCCACGUUUUGCUUAAAAUUCCCUUCGAUUCUGUCGAUGACAAAGAACAACAAAAUGAGCUAAUAGAUACAGCUAGGCUUGUAUUACAUCAUAAUAAAACUGACAACAAAAUAUUAAACGAUAAUGAAAGUCAAUAUGCAGAUCCAGAUGAUACACAAAAUUAUUUAAAGAAUUGUAAGCAACAAUUUCCAAUAGCCACAAUUCGAAGACCCUCUCUUCUACAUUAUGCAACCAGAGAUUUAUUUGUUAAUGACAGAACAAAUCAAACGCCUUUUGAGGAAAGAAUAUUAAGUCCAACUUCCAGCACAGACUUUUUAUCCCAACAACGUUAUCUUGGCACACCAACAAUGGCUAAUUUUCCUCCUUUAAUUCCUUUACCUCCUCCACUUCCUUCAUUACCUCCACCAAAUAUUAGAUUAGAAGAAGUUAAUAAUUAA